CUUGCAAACGUGCAUGACACGCACCUGAGGAUAUCUUGGCUUUUCCUGCCCAUCCGGGGAGAAAAGCCGAAAGAAUGGAAGGCCCUCCAUCGCAAGAUGAUGAGAGAGUUUUGCUGAAGUGCUAGCAUCAUCUGUGGAUUAAGACACAUCAGCCCCCUCACCUCUGCAACCAGCCAGCAAGAUGUCAGAGUGCAACGGAAUACCAACCGGACCUCCUGAGGUACCACGCUCAGCAGCUGAGGCUUUUGUAGAGGCAACAGGCCAGGCCUUGGCCUGGACACUCACCAGUGGAUGCACAGAUACCUUGGGCUCUACGAGCAGCAAUGCCCAAAAGAAGCGUCUUCAGCACAACAAACACAAGACCCAGCAAGGUGCCAAUGUGGUCCACCGUUCUCCUCGAGCUCUCUUCUGCCUCCGGCUGAACAAUCCCAUCCGCAGGGCUGCUAUCAGCAUUGUGGAAUGGAAACCCUUUGACAUCCUCAUCCUUAUGACCAUCUUUGCCAACUGUGUGGCCUUGGGAGUCUAUAUUCCCUUCCCUGAAGACGAUUCCAAUGUCUCCAACCACAACUUGGAGCAAGUCGAGUAUGUUUUUCUCAUUAUCUUCACGGUGGAAACGUUCCUCAAGAUUCUUGCCUAUGGUUUGGUCAUGCACCCCAGCGCCUACAUCCGCAAUGGCUGGAACCUUCUGGAUUUUGUCAUCGUUGUGGUGGGCCUCUUCAGUGUCAUCCUGGAACAAGUUUCCCACAAGCCUGGGGAAGCCCAUCACAUGAGUGGGAAGCCGGGUGGGUUUGAUGUCAAAGCCCUGAGAGCCUUCCGCGUCCUGCGACCUCUACGCCUCGUCUCUGGUGUCCCCAGCCUGCACAUUGUUUUGAACUCCAUCAUGAAAGCCAUGGUGCCCCUCCUUCACAUUGCGCUGCUUGUCCUUUUUGUCAUCAUCAUCUACGCGAUCAUCGGCUUGGAGCUCUUCAUCGGCCGCAUGCACAAGACCUGCUUCAUCAUUGGUUCAGAUCUGGAGGCUGAGGAGGACCCAUCACCUUGUGCCUUCUCUGGCCAUGGCCGGGAAUGCACAGUGAACAAUAGCGAGUGCCGUGGCAAAUGGGAGGGGCCCAACGGUGGCAUUACCAAUUUUGACAACUUCUUCUUUGCCAUGCUGACUGUCUUCCAGUGCAUCACCAUGGAAGGCUGGACUGAUGUGCUCUACUGGAUGCAGGAUGCAAUGGGUCAUGAACUACCCUGGCUUUACUUUGUCAGCCUGGUCAUCUUUGGCUCUUUCUUCGUUCUCAAUCUUGUUUUGGGUGUGCUGAGUGGAGAGUUCUCCAAGGAGCGAGAGAAGGCAAAAGCCCGUGGUGACUUCCAGAAGCUCCGGGAGAAGCAACAGAUGGAGGAAGACCUGAAAGGCUAUCUGGACUGGAUCAUGCAGGCCGAAGACAUCGAGCCUGAUGAGGAAGGGGAUGAGACCAAUGAGAAGCACGCCCGUGUGACGGUGGAAGACCUGACAUCGAAGAGGAAGAGGAAAUGGUUCAGACAAGGCAGCAGCCAUUCCACCGACACUCACACCAGUCUUCAAGCCAGCGAAACCACAUCUGUGAAUACAGAAAAUGUCGGGGAUGAGGAGCACCAUCAGGACAAUUGUUGCGAUGUGUGUCUAGGCAAGCUCUCAAAGACCAAGUUCUGCCGCCGAAUUCGACGGGUCAACCGUCUCUUCCGGAAGAAAUGUCGCUUGGCCGUCAAAUCCGUCACUUUCUACUGGAUAGUUUUGAUCCUUGUCUUUCUCAACACCCUCACCAUUGCCUCUGAGCAUUACAUGCAGCCUGACUGGCUCACGCAGAUCCAAGCUUAUGCCAACAAAGUGUUGUUGUCACUAUUCACCCUGGAGAUGCUGGUGAAGAUGUACAGCCUGGGACUGCAGGCUUAUUUUGUCAGCUUCUUCAACCGCUUCGACUGUUUUGUGGUGUGUGGUGGCAUCCUAGAGACGGUCCUGGUCGAAUUUGAGAUCAUGGAGCCUCUUGGGAUCUCAGUGCUCCGCUGCGUCCGCCUCCUGCGGAUCUUCAAAGUCACCAGGCAUUGGGCCUCACUCAGCAACCUCGUGGCCUCCUUGUUGAACUCCAUGAAGUCCAUUGCUUCCUUGCUUCUCUUGCUCUUUCUCUUCAUCAUCAUCUUCUCCUUGCUGGGCAUGCAGCUCUUUGGGGGCAAAUUCAACUUCGACGAGACGCAGACCAAACGCAGCACUUUUGACACUUUCCCCCAAGCCUUACUCACGGUCUUCCAGAUCCUGACAGGGGAGGACUGGAAUGCUGUGAUGUAUGAUGGGAUCAUGGCCUAUGGAGGCCCCGUUUUUCCGGGCAUGCUAGUCUGUGUCUAUUUCAUCAUCCUCUUUAUCUGUGGCAACUAUAUCCUGCUCAAUGUCUUCUUGGCCAUUGCUGUGGACAAUCUUGCUGAUGGGGACAAUAUCAAUACCUCCAAAGAAGAGGAACAGAAGGAGAAGAAGAGGAAGAAGAAGAAGGUAGUGAAGAACAAGUGGCCAAGUAGGAAAUCCCAGAGUAAAAGUAGCUUUUACAGUCCUGCACAGACAGGUGAGGAGGAUGAAGAAGGAGAUCAGAAGAGCCUGGCAGAGUCUCAUCUUGACAAAGUGGAUGAAGCCCCCAAGCAGAAGGUGGUGCCAAUUCCUGAUGGGAGCGCCUUCUUCUGUCUCAGCAAGACAAAUCCGCUUCGUGUUGGGUGUCACAAGCUGAUCCAUCACCACAUCUUCACCAAUCUCAUCCUCGUCUUCAUCAUCCUCAGCAGCAUCUCUCUAGCAGCGGAGGAUCCCAUCCGUGCACAUUCUUUUCGUAACAUUAUUCUGGGCUACUUUGACUAUGCCUUCACUUCUAUCUUCACUGUUGAGAUCCUGCUUAAGAUGACCGCUUACGGUGCCUUCCUGCACCAGGGCUCUUUCUGCAGGAACUGGUUCAACCUCCUGGAUCUGCUGGUCGUCAGCGUCUCACUCAUCUCCUUUGGCAUCCACUCCAGUGCCAUCUCUGUGGUGAAAAUCCUGCGAGUCCUGAGGGUGCUGCGUCCUCUCCGAGCCAUCAACCGGGCCAAGGGGCUCAAGCAUGUGGUGCAGUGUGUGUUCGUGGCAAUCCGUACCAUUGGGAACAUCAUGAUAGUCACCACCUUGCUGCAGUUCAUGUUUGCGUGCAUUGGCGUCCAGCUGUUCAAGGGCAAAUUUUACAGCUGCACAGAUGAGGCCCGGCAUACUCCAAAGGAGUGCAAGGGCACAUUCAUUGUGUACAAGGAUGGUGAUGUGGCUCACCCGAUGGUGCGUGAUCGCCUGUGGCUCAACAGCGACUUCAACUUUGACAAUGUGCUGUCGGGCAUGAUGGCCCUGUUCACUGUCUCCACUUUUGAAGGCUGGCCAGCGCUACUGUACAAGGCCAUUGAUGCCAAUGCAGAAAACCAUGGCCCCAUCUACAACUACCGGGUGGAGAUCUCCAUCUUCUUCAUUGUUUACAUCAUCAUCAUUGCCUUCUUCAUGAUGAAUAUCUUCGUGGGCUUUGUCAUCAUCACUUUCCGGGCACAAGGAGAACAGGAAUACAAGAACUGUGAGCUGGAUAAGAAUCAGCGGCAGUGUGUUGAAUAUGCUUUGAAGGCUCAGCCAUUACGGCGCUACAUCCCCAAGAACAAGUAUCAGUACAAGUUCUGGUACAUAGUCAACUCCACUGGGUUUGAGUACAUCAUGUUUGUGCUUAUUCUACUCAACACCAUUGCAUUGGCUGUACAGCAUUAUGAACAGUCCCAGCCCUUUAACUAUGUCAUGGAUCUGCUCAACAUGGUUUUCACCGGCCUCUUCACUAUCGAGAUGGUGUUGAAGAUCAUUGCGUUCAAGCCUAAGCACUACUUCGUAGAUGCAUGGAAUACCUUCGAUGCUCUGAUCGUGGUUGGGAGCGUAGUGGAUAUCGCAGUUACUGAAGUCAAUAGCUCAGAGGACAGUUCCCGCAUCUCCAUCACCUUCUUCCGCCUCUUCCGUGUCAUGCGCCUGGUCAAGCUGCUCAGCAAAGGGGAGGGUAUCCGCACCCUGCUCUGGACCUUCAUCAAAUCCUUCCAGGCUUUGCCAUAUGUCGCCCUUCUCAUUGCCAUGAUUUUUUUCAUCUACGCAGUCAUUGGCAUGCAGACCUUUGGCAAAGUGGCCAUGCAGGACGGGACGCCGAUCAAUCGCAACAACAACUUCCAGACCUUCCCACAGGCUGUGCUGCUGCUUUUCAGGUGUGCAACAGGGGAGGCCUGGCAGGAGAUCAUGCUGGCCAGCUUGCCUGGCAAACGCUGUGACCCGGAGUCUGAUUAUGAGCCUGGGGAAGAGUUCACGUGUGGGAGCAACUUUGCCAUUGUCUAUUUCAUCAGCUUCUUCAUGCUCUGCGCCUUUCUGAUCAUUAACCUCUUUGUUGCUGUCAUCAUGGAUAAUUUCGACUAUCUGACUCGGGAUUGGUCCAUUCUGGGUCCCCACCAUCUGGAUGAGUUCAAGAGGAUCUGGUCAGAGUAUGAUCCAGCUGCAAAGGGUCGAAUCAAGCACCUCGACGUGGUGACCCUGCUACGCCGUAUACAGCCACCUUUGGGCUUUGGGAAACUCUGCCCCCACCGAGUAGCCUGCAAGCGACUAGUGGCUAUGAAUAUGCCCCUGAACUCAGAUGGAACAGUCACUUUCAAUGCUACCCUCUUUGCCUUGGUGCGAACAUCUCUCAAGAUCAAGACAGAAGGAGACCUGGAUGUCGCCAAUAAGGAGCUUCGUGCUGUGAUCAAAAAGAUCUGGAAGCGGACAAAGCCCAAACUGUUGGACGAGGUGAUACCCCCACCAGAAGAGGAGGAGGUCACUGUGGGAAAGUUUUAUGCCACGUUCCUGAUCCAGGAUUAUUUCCGUAAAUUCCGCAAGCGGAAGGAAAAGGGGAUGCUGGGACCAGACGGCUCCCCGAGCAACUCUACUGCUCUGCAGGCUGGGUUGAAAAGUUUGCAAGAUUUGGGGCCUGAGAUCCGUCGGGCAAUGUCCUGCGAUCUGGAAGAGGAGGAGGAGGAGGAGGAGGAGAACGGGGAGACUUUGUGUGAAGAGGAGACAGUGACCUAUAAGAGCACGGAGGCCUUGUACGGCAGUGCCCCACCAGACCAUCAUGUCUCGACUGCUGGAGCUUCACCAGACCAGGACGGCAAGGCUGUGGCGAAUGGCCUUGUGAGCUCCCGGCAGCCCUCGAGUGCCAGCCUCUCCCAUAUGACGAAUGGGCCAACCCCUUACGAGGAGAACGGCGGUGAUCAAGACGAACCCGCCGAACUUCCCAACAUUGCCACCCGACGCAGGAUGAGCAGACGGAGCUCUGACGGCAGCUGCAUCCCACCUACGGUGAAAGAAGAAGCCACACACCCCGAUGAUUAUGGGGAGGACACCUCGGUUGAGCAGGGAUACUACAGCCGGGAGGAGGACUCGGAGAGCCUAGCCUCUCGGGACAGGCAACCCAGUCUGCACCACCCUCAGCCUCGCCGCCGCCGCUGGGACACAGGAUACGGGGGUUCUUUGCCCCUCCCUUCCCGGCGUGUCAACAAUGGGCUCAUCAAUGGACCGUUGGAGGGCAGGCAAACCAAGCGCAGGCGCCUCUUGCCUCCCACCCCUACAGGCCGCAAACCAGCCUUCAGCAUCCAGUGCCUGCAGCGUCAAGGCAGCUGCGACGACAUUCCCAUCCCGGGGACCUACCACCAAAAUGCACCCCCUUGCCGAGCACGUGGGCCGGGCUAUGGCAGCUACGACUCGUGGCACAGUGGUAGCCGGUCCUCAACAGCUUCUUCGCAUUCGUGGGCCACCCCACCGAAACGGGGCCGGCUGCUAUAUGCUCCACUCAUCCUGGUGGAAGAGGCUGGCUUGCCUGGGCACAGCUGGGAGAAGAACAGCAGCAGCCUUCCACCUAUGUCACGGGCACGGUGGUAUUUGAAUGAGCCGGAGGUGCCCUACCACACCUACGGCCACCUCCACGUGCCCGGCCCACUCAAGCACAGCUACAAUGAUAAGCGUGGCAGUGCGGACAGCCUAGUGGAAGCGGUACUCAUUUCAGAGGGCUUAGGCCUUUACGCACGGGAUCCAAAGUUUGUGGCCUUCACCAAGCGGGAAAUUGCCGACGCCUGUCACAUGACCAUCGAUGAAAUGGAAAGCGCCGCCACGGACUUACUCAGCCGCAGAUUUGUUGGCAGCGAACAUGGUGGCCAAGGAGGUAGUGGCGGUGGCAGCCACGUCUUAUAUAGCAGCGACGGGGAACAUAGCGGAGUUGGAAGUCUAGGCCCCGUUUACAGUGACGAGGAGCCCCUCCGCACCCGGGAGGAAGAGGACUUGGCCGACGAGAUGGCCUGCGUCACUUCCUAUUGACCAUGAAGUGCCCCCUGGUGGGGCACGGAGAGACACUUGCCACUGAGAGAUUCCCCACCCCUACCCCACCCCCAAGGUGCUGGAUCCUUGGGACUCAGGGCAAAGACUAGCUCAAAGGUGUGCCAUGAUGGGAGUGACUGCUGGGGUGGGGGGGAGGACGACAAAAAAGCAAGACCAAACAAUGGAAGCCAAAGGUUGCCCUUGCACUGGCCAAUGCAAAAGAAACCCUCAGCACUUAGAAACACGGUCUAUGUACUUUUUUCUGGUUUAGGCAGUCUGCUCCUUGCUGCUCCCUCUCCAGAUUUUGACUACUCUUACUUUGGAUCCAGAAAGGGAAAAGCAACCCUUGGAAGUCUUCCCUCAGGGAAUGAUCGGGAGUUUUAAAAAAGGCUGAAGGUUGUGA